UGUGCCAGAGUGUUGCUAAGUCACACAGACGAACAAAGGAACAGAAAAAAGCCCGAAAUUCUCACUCCCCCUAUUCUGUCGAAGAGGCAUUUACCCAGCCAAGGAAGAAGAAAACCUCACUCGAUCCUCUCUUUCCCCCAAAUUCCCAGAUUUCUCCGUGCAUUCUUAGGUUCGUGGAAGGAAGAUCGAUACCUGAUUUUGUGAAGACUGGGUAGUGGAGGGAAGAUCGAAGGCACGUCAAGCGCUCUUCCUACGCCAAGCUCGGUUACCGAAAGAGGUUCGCAUUUCUCUAUUUCUGUCUGUUCUCCAUUUAUGAAAAUUUUUCCCCCAAAUCUCAUGGUGCCCGCUCGCUCAUUUUGCCCCCUUUUGUAUUUUUUGGUUUGUUUAUACUAAGCUUUCUAAUUCCCAUACGAACAAGGCACAAAAAAAGCCCUAAAUUCCCUCUUCCCCUAUUCUGUCGAAGAUCCUUUUAUUUUUUCUGUUUUCUUGGACGGGCUUUUUUGUUCCUUAAUGAGCCUCCUCAGCCCCUAUGACACCUCCGCGCCGCUCAACCCCAAUUGCCUUUCCAACACCACCUCAUCGCCGCCUCAAGAGCAGCGCCUUCUUUGGCCUCCCUUGGCGUCCGCAAUCGAGUCCAGCAUCGUCCGGGACAGCGUCUACUUCCUCCGGAUCGCGCAGUGCGGCUACGAGUACGAGCAGUCCUAUGCCUUCUUGCCUCUGCUUCCCCUUUGCAUCUCCUUCUCGCGAACAGGUGUUUUCUUGAUCGGCGAAUAUCCGGCCCUCUUCCCCCAAAUCUACCGACGUAUGGCCCUCCUCCAGGUGUUUAGCUAGUAAUUUUUUCUGAUUUUCGGAUCAUUUGUGCAUAUU